GAUCUCCCUCCACACCUCACCCAAAGCUACAUCAGCCUCUCCCCUUCUCUCGUUCCUCGAAGCCUCCUUUUGCUCCGACUGCUAAAAGAAAAUCAGGCGACGGACUACUAAGAACAGAUGAUGUACGGGUGCGGGAACAGCGGAGACCAGCCGGCGCUGGACUUUAUCCGGCGGUACCUCCUCGACGAGCCCGACCCGCCCCUCGGCUCCGUCGGCUAUGCCUUCGCGUCGCCCUACACGAGCUGCCCGAGCUUCGGCGACCACCAGACGUGCCCAAUCGACGGCUGGGGCGAGCUCCCCCUCGCGGAGAACGACUUGCUCGAUAUGGCCCUUUUCGACGUCCUCCGCGAUCCCGUUGGAGCCCAAUGGCCCCCGCUUGAGCUGGAAGCACGAAGCAAUGUGGUCGCUACGAUGGCCGUCAAGAUCGAACAGGCAGAGAUGUCGCCGUCUCCGCCCACGACGCCCGCCCCUAAGGUGCACUACCGAGGCGUCCGGCAACGGCCGUGGGGGAAAUUCGCCGCUGAGAUUCGCGACCCGGCCAAGAACGGCGCUAGAGUCUGGCUUGGCACAUACGAGACAGCAAAAGAGGCAGCACUCGCCUAUGAUCGGGCAGCUUUCCGGAUGCGGGGCAGCCGAGCUCUGUUAAAUUUCCCGCUUGAGGUUGGCUCGCUAGCGGCCGAGCCGGCGCCACUUUCACCGGCAAAGAGGUCAUCUUCGUCGUCAUCAUCGUCGUCUUCAAGUUCACCAAAGCGGCGCCGCAAGGCACAAGGAUCAAUCAGCAGUGGCCCGGCUUCAGCUCGGCCUGACCAGGACUUCGACGGCAGGCAGGAAGCAUUGCCUUCGCUCACCGGCGAAGCAACCUCCUUCCUAUGCGGCAGGGAGCUACUUGUUAAUUAAAGAAAAUGCCGAACUUGUCAGCGGCAAAUAUCCCUUCCAAGACCGCAGACAGCUCAUCUUCCCUCCUUACCUGGCCGAUAAAUCCUUCCUGACGUACGGACCGCAAAUAUGAAAAGGGCGUCAGGCAAGGUGCCCACAUGUAAAAAAGUAGCGUUCUCGCACCGUCUUGAUGCAUUUUUAUUAUUUUAACUCAUAAAUAGUUUAAAUA